UGUUGGCGUUAUUUACUUUUACACCGUAAUGAUGUAAACAGAAAGAAAGUAAAACCAUGGUUCUCUCUCUCUCUCUCUGUUAUCAGGCGUAGCUGUGAUAAAUUUAUAUUCUUGAUCUACGACUUUGUUAUGUAGCUAACAUACAGCUAAUUUUUAACCGUUGACAUCGUCAUCCUCGUUGAGAAGGUGUUAUUUACUAUAGUUAAAGAGGUUGUCGGACAGUACCAGUAAACGGACAACUUGUUUGGAAUACAAACUGUCAAACAGCAUACUAUUGCAUUGUUAUUCAUGUAGACAAGAAUAAACAUGAUGGUACUCAUGGUUGAUAGAACAUAUUUAAAGAGCUGAAAUUUGUAGUUUGAACAUUAAUCACAUACAGGAUCGUGUCAAAUUUGUUGCACUAACAGGUAUGGGAGCAUGUGAAAUUACCAGUGCCAUGGACUUGUUACUACCAUGUCAGUUGAAGCUCUCAAAACCACAAACAUGUUUGUCACCAUAUGUCCAUAAGCUGAUUGUUGAAGACACAUACAGUUAUGAGAGGGAUCCAUAUGUCUUGGACAAGAAUAGACUGUUGGAUUUUGAAUACAUCUGCAGCAAAUUGCCAGAUGAAGGGUCACAAGAUGACCUUGCCAGUUAUUUCCAGGGAUGUGUUACUGCACUGGCACCAAUGCUUCACAGUGCUGAAGACAUCCUAGGAAAUGAGAAGACAACUCUGGUACAGAAAUAUUGCCCACUACUGGACUGGACAGGCCAGACUGAUCAACUUCUGGAGCUGUGGGAGAUGAUGAAAGCCCAAGAUGAUACAGAUGAUGUUACAGUUAUACUUGUAGCUACAACCAUUCUAGAGAGAUCUCUUGGUAAUGUUUAUCUUUUAGAAGGCCCUGAACCUUGUCCAUCCAUGUUGAAAGAUUUGCUGGUCUCAACACAUCUGAAUAAUAUACUUGGCUGUCAUGUGAUACAGGUGUUGCGUAUUGUGAUAGGUCCUCCAACAUCAUUGAACAUCAGGAAUGUGGUCUGGCAUGGAUUUCCAUUUCCGGGUGAAAUACCUAGAAGAUGUAUAUGGUUUAUAAUGCUGCUGGUACCAAGCAUUGGUCAGAUUCUGAAGAACAAGAAGGUUACGGGUUUAAAAUGCAGGGAACCAGUGUCCUUUCCAAGUACAGCACUGAUUUCAGAUACAAAGUUGUUCAUGGAUGAGGAUUGGCCAGAAGUUAUUGUACAAACUGAGUUCGUCUCCUGGAAAACAGAAUAUUUCUGGAAAAAAGUGAAACAGUAUUAUUUAAAACAAAGGUAUGGUUACUGUGCAGCUCUCCUGCUGUUUUACCUGGAACAAGGUUUGAGGCAUGUGUUUGCUACAGUAAAUAAAUGUGAGAACAGAGUCCUUACUGCAGAGGCAACUACUUUGUAUACCACAUUUGAUGAGAUAUUAAACAGCAGCCUGCCUGAUAACUCUGAGAAUAAACUGUGUCACUGUAUAUCUCCUCACAUUAUUGAAAUACUGUUAGAUCAUCUACAAUAUCAGAAUGGUCCUCGAGUAAGAGAUAGACUGAGUCAUGGUGAAGCUUGCUGGAAGACAUUUCCAUGGCAACUAACAGAAAACCUAACAAUGGUUGCUGUAGCUCUGUCUGCAAGGUUUACACCUGAAAUCUCUUCCAAUAAGGUACUUAAAGGAACAGUGAGCAAAGUGUUGAGAGAUAUAUCGGAAUACACGGUACAGUUCCAUAGGAUUGCUGUACUGAAGAGAAAUUUAAGGAAGUGUUGUGUCAAGGCUGCUAAAAUUGACAACUUAGUUGAUUAUACUCCUGAUCUAUCAGAAAGGGUUUACACGACAGAUUAUCCACUGCCCAGUAUACAUGAUCAGCUCAUUGAUGACCUGCAGACAGUUUGUGGUGUAAUGUCUGAUCAUUUGUCAGCCAAUUCAGCCUUGCAUAGUGUACAAGAUUGUUUGACAUACACAGCUUGCACAAGAUUUAGUUCGUACAUUGAUGACUUGCUAAGAAGCAAAAUCAACACCUUGUACAGAGAAAAGCAGUGUCAGGUGCCAGAUACACAGUGUACAGACAGGGAAGGUGAGGUUCUUUCUGUACUGGAACACGUCACAUCAGAAUGUCAUACUGUACUGAAUAAUCUACAAGACUUCGUAACUCUCAGGCAACAACAGCUACUUGAUAAACAACUUAGAUCACGGCAGAGGGAGAAUUUUAAGAAAUUUCUUACAAGUUUUCCAGCCUUUGUGACCAUCACCAAUAUGUGCAACUAUAUGUGUUGUUGGCAGUUGUAUCAUCUUGACACAUUAAAUCAUCAGAAUUGUUACAAUCAAAAGAUAAGGUUUUGGAAGAGGAGUUUACAGUUCUGUGAAAACCUGAGAACAUGUUCCCAGCCAGACAAGAACAAGUGGACAGAUGGAUUGGACCUUAUAUCUCAGUACACAAAAUCAUUACACAGUAAUGUUGUGACACAGUUAAUGUGUACACAUGAGAACAAGACAUGAUGAGUUUUUCUAGAGCCAUUUACCAGAGGAUUAUUUUUUAGUUAACUUGAGUUUGUGCUCAUAGUGAGCUUUUAGGGUCACUGGAUGUCAGUUGACUGACCAUCCAUCAUCCUCAGUUUAAAAAAACUACCUAGCCAUUGUCAUCCAGACUUCGCAGGAAUGUAUUAUGGUAGUCCCUUUUCAGAUUUUUAUCAAAACUAGGUCAUCCAUGCAAAAUUCUUCAUGGCAACCAAAUUAUGACAACUUUAGAAAUCUCAGGUACCACUGACCCUUGUCAUAGUCAAAAGUGGUCAAAUAGUUUAUGUGUCAUUGAUUUCAAGUCACUUUCUCCGCACCAAUGUGGGAUUGAGGCUUGCACGGGCGAUGACAUGUUGCCCGUAUGCAUCUAAAAAAAAAAAAGAGGCAAAUUGAAGUUUGCCAUUAUGCAUGAACAUUUUGACAUCCAGACGUUGUGAGCAAAAGGUGAAAACAAUUUGUAAAAACCAUUAAAAAGACAUGAAACAAAAAUGUUUUUGUUUUAUAUGUAAAAUCCAAAUUGA